AUGGCGUACGAUCCUCGAGGGGAUCACCAUGACCGGAGAGGGCCAGGCGGAGAUGGUGAUGGUGGUUUUGUGAGAGCUCGAGGCCGACGUCCGGUCACCGAUUAUGGAUCAACCGUUGCCAACUGGAUGCGCCAUCGAGCGCCCUCGGAGGGCGACGCAUACACUGGGGAGAUCGAGAGGCCCAGUGCGAGCUUCAUCGUCGACUUCAUACCACCUGCUGCCAGAAGGACAGACCCUGGUGACACAAUCCCGGUGAAGCAUCUCCACUCAUCACUCAACAAGAUCAAGCAUCCCAUCAACGUCGUUCGCUGGACACCAGAAGGCCGCCGUCUCCUGACUGCUUCCAGCAGUGGAGAGUUCACAUUAUGGAACGGCACGGGAUUCAACUUUGAGACCAUUAUGCAAGCCCACGACUCUGCCAUCAGAGCGCUGGCCUACUCCCACAACGACGACUGGCUCAUCUCUGCCGACCACGAUGGAAGCGUCAAGUACUGGCAACCCAACUUCAACAACCUGCAAAGUAUCGCCGCGCACAACGACCCUGUUAGAGAUCUCGCCUUCAGUCCCAACGACUCGAAAUUCGUCACCGCUUGCGACGACUCGACGCUGAAGAUCUUCGACUUUGCAGGCGGAGUGGAGGAGUCCAUUCUGAAGGGCCACGGAUGGGACGCCAAGAGCUGUGACUGGCAUCCGACCAAGGGCUUGUUGGUAUCAGGCUCCAAAGACCACCUGGUCAAGCUGUGGGAUCCCAGAACUGGCCGUUGCCUAACCACCCUCCAUGGACACAAGAACACAAUCACUAAGACCUUGUUCGAAAAGGUGCAAGGCGACUGUCUCGCGACAUCAGCACGAGACCAGACCGCCAGAGUCUUCGACCUCCGAAUGAUGCGCGACAUCUGCUUGCUCAAGGGACACGAAAAGGACAUCUCCACAAUUGCCUGGCAUCCAGUCCACUCCAAUCUGCUCACCACAGGUGGCCACGACGGCUCCCUACACCACUACAUCCUGGACGAGCCGAACACGCCCGCCGGCCAUGCCAGCUCCAUGGCCCCGUACGACAGCUCUGAUCCCUCGACAACCACAGCACAGACGAUAUACCCCGCGCACAAGGUCCCUUACGCCCACGACUUCGCCAUCUGGUCUCUGGAUUGGCACCCCCUUGGCCAUAUUCUGGCCUCCGGCUCCAACGAUCGUAUCACGAGGUUCUGGUCCCGAAAGCGCCCUGGCGAUGCCGAUGUCUUCCAGGAUCGCUACCACGUCGGGGAGGCAGCAGCAGAAGCAAACGGAACCUGGGACCGCCGUGGCGGCCGUCGCCAGCGCCAAGAAGAAGAGGAGCAGGAGAUGGAAGACGAGAUGGAUGGCCUCGUCGACCAAAAGAUGCCUCUCAAGCAACCCACAGUGCCUGGUUUCCCCGGUCUUCCGGGCCUGCCGGGGCUGCCCGGACUUUCUAUGCCGCAGAACGGCCACGGCGGUCCUGUUCCACCACCGCCUAUGAUUCCUGGCGUGGGUUCUAACGGCGCAGCUCCCCCCCCUCCUCUGCCCUUCCCUCUGCCCGGCCUAAACGGCGCACCGCCACCGCCGAUUCCCCUACCCGGCGGCAUCGACCCGAGCAACCCUGCCGAUCUCGCCAAGAUCGCCGAGAUGAUCCAGAAGGCUGGAGGCACUCUCCCACCGCCGCCUCCCGGCGGCUUCGCACCACCCGGCUUAGUGCCACCGUCAAAUUUCGUGCCUCCCCCGGGAUUUCCUCCCAUGCCUAUGCCGCCUCCCUCGAAUAAUCACAACGAUAAUUACGACAGUCGUGGGGGUAGGAGAGCCCCGCUGCCUAGUCAGGAGGAGAGCCUUAAAGCGGAGCAGCGACGGGGCAACUACACCAGGUCCCGUUAG